GAGUUUUCAUAAAUUAUAGAUAAUUAAGAAUAUCCUUUGCAGAGAGUGAAGCAGUGGUGCAUUGUUGGUGGAACAAGGUGGAUGCGUCUUCCAGUUCCUCCCCAACACCUCAAAGUGUUGAAAGAGAUAGUUCACUACACGCGCCACAGAGACCUUGAAAGUGGUCGAGCACUGCACGCUCGGAUCCUCAGAAACGGUUCUUUCUCUUCAACCUACAUCGCUAAUUCCCUCCUGUUGCUCUACGCUAAGUGUGGUCACUUAUCAAAAGCGAACAUCGUAUUCGACAACAUCGUUCAAAAGGACGUUGUCACAUGGAAUUGUCUCAUCAAUGCUUUCUCUCAACAACAUCCUCACUCUCUAUCUUCCUUCGUAUUCCACCUCUUUCGCCGCAUGAUCACGGCUCACAAUACCCUCCCCAACGCCCACACCUUCACCGGCGUCUUCACUGCCGCCUCCAAUCUCUCCGACGUUCUCGCCGGCCGCCAAGCUCACUCCCUCGCCAUCAAAACUGCGUGCUCCGAUGACGUCUUUGUCGCAAGUUCCCUCCUUAAUGUUUACUGUAAAACGGGUUUUGUUUUAGAAGCUCGCAAGCUGUUUGAUGAAAUGCCCGAGAGGAAUACCGUUUCUUGGUCUACCAUGAUAUCUGGGUAUGCUUCUCAGGAGCUCGCUGAUGAGGCUGUUGGGCUCUUUGAACUCAUGCGUCGUGAAGAAGAAGAGGAUGUGAAUGAGUUUUUGCUCACUGGUGUUCUUAGUGCCUUGACGAGUUGCGAGUUUCUGGACACUGGGAGGCUGGUUCAUUCUCUUGCCAUGAAAAAUGGGUUGCUUUGCAUUGUGUCUGUGGGCAAUGCUCUUGUGACAAUGUAUGCAAAAUGUGGGAGAUUGGAGGAUGCGCUUAGGACUUUUGACUUGUCAGGGAAUAAGAAUUCGAUCACGUGGUCGGCUAUGGUUACUGGUUUUGCACAGUGUGGGGAUGGUGAUAAAGCUUUGAAGUUAUUUUAUGAAAUGCACCACUCUGGAGUGUUGCCUAGUGAGUUUACUCUUGUUGGGGUGAUCAAUGCUUGUAGUGAUCUUUGUGCUGUCGUAGAAGGGAAACAGAUGCAUGGUUAUUCUUUGAAGCUGGGGUAUGAGUUGCACUUGUACAUUUUGUCGGCUUUGGUGGACAUGUAUGCAAAAUGUGGUAGUAUAGAGGAUGCUCGUAAAGGUUUUGAAUAUAUACAUCAACCUGAUGUUGUUCUUUGGACUUCAAUCAUAACAGGGUAUGUGCAAAAUGGGGAUUAUGAAGGUGCUUUAAAUCUGUAUGGGAAAAUGCAGAUGGAAGGAGUUAUCCCCAAUGACCUAACUAUGGCGAGUGUCCUAAAGGCUUGUUCCACCCUAGCAGCUAUAGAUCAGGGAAAGCAAAUGCAUGCCCUGAUUAUUAAAUAUGGUUUCAACUUGGAAGUACCAAUUGGAAGUGCUCUUUCUGCCAUGUAUGCAAAGUGUGGAAGUUUGGAUGACGGGUAUCAUAUUUUUUGGAGGAUGCCUGCCAGAGAUGUAAUUUCCUGGAAUGGAAUGAUAUCUGGGCUUUCUCAAAAUGGUCGUGGUAAUGAAGCCUUGGAGUUGUUUGAGAAGAUGUGCUCGGAGGGAACAAAGCCUGAUCAUGUCACGUUUGUGAAUAUUUUAUCUGCUUGUAGUCAUAUGGGACUGGUGGACAAAGGGUGGGUUUAUUUCAAGAUGAUGUUUGAUGAGUUUAACAUUGCUCCAACAGUAGAGCAUUAUGCUUGCAUGGUUGAUAUCUUGAGCCGUGCUGGUAAACUCAAUGAAGCAAUAGAGUUCAUUGAAUCAGCAACCGUUGAUCAUGAUCUGUGUUUGUGGCGCAUAUUAUUAGGGGCCUGCAAGAACUAUCGUAACUAUGAACUUGGUGCUUAUGCUGGAGAGAAACUAAUGGAGUUAGGCUCACCAGAAUCAUCUGCUUAUGUAUUGUUAUCAAGUAUAUAUACAGCCUUAGGAAAGUGGGAAGAUGUGGAACGUGUAAGGAGGAUGAUGAAGGCCCGAGGGGUGAGUAAAGAACCUGGUUGUAGCUGGAUUGAGUUGAAGAAUUUGGUUCAUGUAUUUGUUGUUGGAGACAAUAUGCAUCCACAAGUUGAUGAAAUACGGUCAGAGUUAAAACUCUUAACCAAGUUGAUGAAAGAUGAAGGAUAUCAGCCUCUUUCUGAUUCAUUGCCAUCUAAAACUAUCAGAGAUGAUUUGAACGAUCAAGAAGGCAGCCACGAGAUACAACUUAGGGUUUGUGGUGGCUUAUAGCAACGUUGGGUAGUCAAUCUCAUGCACAAUGAUGGCAUUUUUGUCACUAGGUGUUGCAAUUAGAGCGUUGGUGUUGCUGUCUUGUGCUUUUUGCUGGUUGAUCACCUAUGAGAGGAUAAGAAGGAAGGUAGUUGACGGGCCAAUGGUUUAAAUUUCAAAAUCUAGCCCGAAGCUAAAAUGUUCAAGCUGUGACUGAUAUGUGCAAAUGAUUAGUUCAUUAAUCAUAUGGAGCAAAAACUGACGUGAACCAGAAGUAGUCAUUGCAUCCACGUGGGGGAAACUAAGUGGAGCAGCAACAAGCCGACGAAUCAUACUUGCUUAAAUUCCAAUCCUAUAUUGUUGGCAAUAUCUUUCACUCCAAGGUGUUCUUUUGGAUUGUUUAACUUGCUUUUGCAUAGGAAUGCCCAAGAGCAGUAAUUUGAGGAAAUCCUGGCGGAGGUGAGAGGAAAGAAUUCUUUGCGGCACCCUCCAUCCUUCUCCUUCAUUGCAGAAAUAUUUACUUAUAAAUGUAAUUACAUGGUUUAGAAAAAAGUUAAUCCUAGAAUUUUGGUUCUUGUAACCAGGUCUGAUAUGAUUUUCUGAAUUGUUGGUUCUUUCAAAUUUAUUUUGCCAUGCGCAUCCAAUUCUCAUUUUACAAAAAUUGUUUCUGGUAUUAACAUGAGAUUAUGGGACAAUUGGGCACACUUGCAUCUCAAAAGUAUAUAACUAAAACUAUACAAAUAAGGUAUU